AUGAGCUCGCCAAAUGGGCAUACCCGGUCUGGUUCCAUUGCCAUUGAUCCCUUCUCAAAUGCAGAUGUCUAUUAUGGUAACGAAGAUACUCUGAAUGCUUUCAAGUCGAGAAGGCGUGCAUUCUCGGUGGGCGUGAACGACUACAGUCGCGAAGAUAUCAAUGCAUUCUUUGGAACUAUUCCUUCUCGACGAGGGAGCCACGAUGAGGCGUCAGGAAACCCUCGAAAAUUCCUUAUCGAGGUGGACGAGACGCUGGAGGCUCUCUUGAAGCAGGAAGAUACAGAUCAGAACAUGCAGAUCACUAUCGAGGAUAUGGGUCCUAAGGUGCUUUCGGUCGGGACUGCCGGAUCAUCUGGACACAAUCGAGUUGAUGUCCGGGGCACAUAUAUGCUUUCCAACCUCCUCCAAGAGCUUACCAUUGCCAAAGAUUACGGUCGCAAGCGCAUUAUUCUUGAUGAAGCACGGCUGAGUGAGAACCCAGUAUCUCGACUCUCCCGUCUGAUCAAGAACUCCUUUUGGAAGGCCCUCACAAGGCGAAUUGAUGGCUCCAACAUUGAGAUAGCAGGCCGAGACCCGAAGGACUGGACUGAUGAUCCUCGGCCGAGAAUCUAUAUCCCGCCGGGUGCUCCAGCGCAAUUCGAAUACUACGAGCGGAUUGCUAAGGAACACCCUGAGCUACGUCUGGAUGUGCAGAUGUUGCCGGCUGAAAUUACACCAGAUUAUGUGAUCGGGCUCAAUGACAAGCCCGGUCUGCUGGCUCUGGCUAUGCAGAAGAAGUUGAACGAAGCAACGAUGGAGACCGAAUUGGUCGGUGUGCCCUUCGUAGUACCGGGAGGCCGCUUCAACGAGCUGUACGGUUGGGAUAGCUACAUGGAGUCUUUGGGACUACUCGUCAGCGACCGCGUUGAUCUUGCCAAAGGCAUGGUCAUCAACUUUUGCUUCGAGAUCAAGCACUACGGCAAGAUCCUCAACGCAAAUAGAUCUUACUACCUCACCCGCUCGCAGCCGCCUUUCCUAACCGACAUGGCACUGCGUGUCUAUGAAAGAAUCAAGAACGAGCCCGAUUCCAAGGAGUUCCUGCGAAACUCUAUUCUUGCAGCUAUCAAAGAGUACAACAGCGUUUGGGCCACCGCACCUCGCCUCGAUCCAGAGACUGGCCUAUCGAGAUAUCGCCCUGAAGGCUGGGGUGUUCCCCCAGAGACCGAGCCGUCGCACUUCGUGCAUAUUCUCACCCCAUAUGCCGAGAAGCACGGCAUGACCUUCAAGGAAUUCGUCAGGGCAUACAACACAAAAGCUAUUAUUGAGCCUAAACUCGACGAGUAUUUCAUGCACGAUCGUGCCGUCCGCGAAUCUGGUCACGAUACCAGCUACCGUCUAGAGGGCGUUUGUGGAAACCUUGCUACAGUCGACCUUAACUCUUUGCUGUACAAAUACGAAGUCGACAUCGCACGCGCUAUCCGCAUCCACUUCAACGACAAGCUCCCCAUCCCAGCUGAGUUCCGCACCGCCCAAACAAAGGACAUCGAAUUCGAGUCCUCGGCAGUUUGGGACCGUCGCGCGCGCAAGCGCAAGCAGCAGAUGGAUCACCUUCUCUGGGAUGCUGAGAAAGGCAUGUACUUUGACUACGACACAGUCAAGAAGGAGCGCACAGACUACGAAACCGCUACGACCUUCUGGGCGAUGUGGGCAGGUCUGGCAUCUCCCCCGCAAGCAGCAGUCAUGGUCGAAAAGGCCCUGCCCCGCUUCGAGGCGUUUGGCGGCUUGGUUUCGGGCACCGAAGAGUCCCGUGGCGCUGUCGGCUUGGAGCGCCCGAACCGGCAGUGGGAUUACCCGUACGGCUGGGCGCCGCAGCAAAUGCUUGCAUGGACGGGCUUCUUACGCUACGGUUACCAAGAAGAGGCGGAGCGGCUGGCCUACAAGUGGGUUUAUAUGAUCACCAAGGCAUUUGUUGACUUCAACGGCGUUGUCGUGGAGAAGUAUGAUGUCACUCGGCCUAUCGAUCCGCACCGGGUUGAUGCCGAGUAUGGCAAUCAGGGCACGGACUUUAAGGGGGCUCCCCGUGAAGGGUUCGGUUGGGUGAAUGCUAGCUACGUUUACGGACUGGAGAUCCUCAACGCCCACAUGAAGCGCUCUUUGGGAACUAUUACACCGUAUGAGACUUAUCACAAAGCCGUUGUGGCCCAGAAUGCAUUUUAA